CUAUGAGCAUGCGCACUCGGUGUAAACAGGAAGAACUGACUGAAAACCAGGGCAAAUCUAGCAUAAAGAGAAGAAAAUGAUCGGACAAAAACGAACGAAUAUCUUAUUUUCCCUUAUAUAUUAACCACCAUAAAUGUUGUCCUAUAACACCUGAUGGUAAUUUCGAUUACAUCGUGUAGAAGCAGUUGCUACGUUUUCGACAUUUUUGAUAGACGGUAUUAACGUUAACGUUAGACAGACAGACAGACAGUGACGCGAUUUAUUUCCUCCAGGCUUUGCUUGGCGAAUUUGUCUGCUGAACAACAGACCUAAAACAUAACUCGCUGCAUUCUGAAUUUGGCGACUUUACACCGAGGGAAAUCUCUAACAAUGGUUCAAAAAGAUAAGACGCUGGAGACGCCUCAAGUGGACGGUGAGCCUAGUCCCAGCCCAGUCUCCGGAGAUGCUUGUGCAGAGGCCCCCGGCCCGGGUGAUGAGUGCGGCAUUGGAGUCGAACCGACGGCCCACAGGAAAUUCAUCUGUGGAGUCGUGGAAGGCUUUUAUGGCCGACCAUGGACAAUGGAACAGAGGAAAGAGUUGUUCACAAGGCAGCAGAAAUGGGGACUGAAUACGUAUCUUUAUGCACCCAAAGAUGACUACAAACACAGAAUGUUCUGGAGAGAGUUGUACUCUGUGGAAGAAGCAGAGCAACUCAUGACUUUAAUUGGUGCCGCUAAGGAGCGUGCGAUAGAGUUCAUCUAUGCUAUUUCCCCUGGACUGGACAUCACCUUCUCCAAUCAGAAAGAGGUGUCUGCACUCAAGAGGAAACUCGAUCAGGUCACUCACUUCGGCUGCAAGUCAUUUGCCUUACUUUUUGACGAUAUUGACCAAAACAUGUGCCCCGCUGACAAAGAGGUGUUCAGCUCAUUUGCACACGCUCAGGUUUCCAUUACCAACGAAAUCUACCAGUACCUGGGAGAGCCUGAAACCUUCCUCUUCUGUCCCACAGAGUACUGUGGAACAUUCUGCUACCCAAAUGUCCCUCAGUCCCCUUACCUCCACACAGUAGGAGAGAAGCUUCUGCCUGACAUUGAAGUGCUAUGGACAGGCCCCAAGGUGGUGUCCAAAGAUAUAACCGUGGAGUCAAUUGAAGAGGUGUCAAAAAUCCUAAGAAGAGCCCCUGUGAUCUGGGACAACAUUCACGCCAAUGAUUAUGACCAGAAGAGGCUUUUCUUGGGUCCAUACAAGGGCCGCUCCACAGAGCUCAUCCCCAGGCUGAAGGGAGUCCUCACCAACCCUAACUGCGAGUUUGAGUCCAACUUUGUAGCAAUCCACACUCUGGCCACGUGGUAUAAGUCAAAUAUGAACGGCGUGCGCAAGGAUGUGGUCAUGAAUGGCGAGGACAGCACAGUGUCCAUUCAGAUCAAGUUAGAGAAUGAAGGCAGUGAUGAAGAACUGGAGACAGACAUGCUCUACAGCCCGCAGCUUGCUCUAAAACUGGCUCUCACCGAAUGGCUCGAGGACUUUGUUGUGCCACAUCAAUACAACAGCCGACAGGUGCCUCAGAGUGGUGCCAAAAGCACAGCCAUCGACGUGUCAUCAAUGGCUGCUUCCUCUCUCUGCUCUUCCACAACAGUCACAACUGUGUUCCAGCAGCCCAUCAUGUCUCCGGCCAUGCCGACUCUCGGUCUGGAUCCACUCUCACACCCCAUGGCAAAAAGACCUGGGGAGGUAGAGGAGGUGGAGGUGGAGAAGAAGGAUUCAGAUGAGGAGCCCAUGGAGAUGGUGGUUGAGAAGCUUGAUGAGCCAGAGCCAGAAGCAGAAGCUGACCCAGAGGAGAAGCAGAUUGGUCCUAUCUUAGCUGACAAGAUGGCUGAGGACCUGAAGCCCAUGGAUACAGACAAGGAGAGUCUGACAGAGUCAAAGUCCCCUGAAGGGUCUAUCCAGGAGGACCCUGGGAGUGAUAUUGCCCCUAUGCAGACAGAUGAUCAGCUCAAGCAGGAUGUGUUUGUCCCUGGGCCCAACGAGAAGACCCUGUUUACAGCAGAGCCCCUCACACUGGAGGACCUGACCUUGCUGGCAGAGCUCUUCUAUCUGCCUUAUGAGCAUGGACCGAAGGCCAUUCAGAUGUUAAAGGAGUUUAACUGGCUAAGAGCCAACAGCAGCGUUGUCAGUGUCAACUGCAAGAGAAAGGAAACUGAAAAGGUAGAAGAAUGGCAAUUAAGGGCAGAGAAGUUUGAGGAGAUGUGCUGCUCAGUCAUCCAGAUGUUCACACGGCUGUCCAAUUCAGCCAACCGCACCAUCCUUUACGACCUCUACUCUUACAUCUGGGACAUUAAGAGCAUCAUUUCUAUGGUCAAGUCUUUUGUCCAAUGGCUAGGGUGUCGUAGUCAGUCCUCAGCACAAUUCCUUAGAGGAGACCAAGAACCCUGGGCCUUUAGGGGCGGUCUAGCAGGAGAGUUCCAGAGAUUGUUGCCAAUAGAGGGGGCAAACGAUCUUUUCUACCAACCUCCACCUGCAAUGCCAACAUCCAAAAUCUAUUCCAUAAGGCCAUACUACCCCAAAGAUGUGACUGCGAUUUAUAAAAUCUGUAAAGAAAUGUACUGUGAAGGAAUGGAGGAUAUUCCAGUCUCUGAUAAGGAUCCUGACCUCAUAGGAGACAGGUUAGUCGGAGGUCUCCUGGCACUGAGUUCAGACUACGGGUUUGUGCUAGAGGACGAUGAAGGGAUCUGCGGUUAUGCUCUUGGCACUGUGGAUGUCCAGCCCUUUGUCAAGAAAUGCAAGUUGAACUGGAUUCCCUUCAUGCAAGAGAAAUACCUCAAACCUGACUGUGAGAAGGACCUCACAGAGGCUGAGAAGAUGAUGCUGAGUUUCCACGAAGAGGAGGAGGGUCUUCCAGCCUCUUUCCUCUCCAACUUCCCCUCUCUCAUCAAGGUUGACAUUCACGCCAAGGUCACUGACCCCAGUGUGGCCAAAAGCAUGAUGGGAUGUCUUCUAUCUUCUCUUAAGGCCAAUGGUUCCCUAGGUGCGUUCUGUCAGGUUCGUCAGACUGACAAGAGAAUGUUGGACUUCUACGGUAAGCUGGGAUGCUUUGAAGUGGCCAAAAUGGAAGGCUUUCCCAAAGAUGUCAUCAUUAUGGGACGAAGCCUAUGAAGAAACGUCCUGCUUCAAUAAAAGACAGACAGAGAGCAAGUCAACGUGGCUUAACCAUGUUUGCUACGUUCAUGAGAAAAACUUCCAUGAUGAUUUUAUACUACAUUACUAUCUGGGCUAGCCCCGGGAAACCUCUUUUUACCUUAGAUGUUAUGGCUCUGUUGGAUUCAGCAGAUCCAAAGCUAAAAGGCCGAGGAGUGAUCUGUAAUCAGUUGAUUUGAGCCAACGUGGAAGAGUGGCACUCCAGCAAUGAUUGUGGGGUCCCACUUCUCGUAUACCUCCAGGAGGCAGGAAGUGAUAACUCCAUAAGCCUUUUUUCUGAUUUAAUCCAGUAAUCACUACAUGAAUAUUGCCUGCAUGCCCUAAUGCAAAGUGUCUGUAUCUGAAAUGGAGGCAGAGCUGUGAAAUGAGGGCUGCCUGUAUCUCAGGUAGUGUCUUACUACCCCUACAUCCUGCUUUCCCCAGCUUUGGCAGAGAGCAAUAACGCAGCUGUCGAUAUAUAAGUAGGACACCUUUAUACAGGAUGUGAGGUGCUAUGUGAGAGUUUGCCUUUCAUCAUUACAUCAUGGUAUUUCCAGUUCCUCCACAAUAGACUUGGAGAAAGAGGCCUUUUACAUGCCGUGUUUCUAUCAAUGCUGUGUCUGCACUGCAAAUUGUAGCUUUUGGGGUUUGUGAAACCCUCAAUAAAAGAUCGUCAGAGACCAGCGAGGGGAAAGUAUUUGUUGAGAUUGUUAAAGACUCAUCUAGCAGGUCCUCUGAAUUUCCGUUCAAGUAGUAGUAAUAGACAUUUGGAAAGCAAUAAAAAAGCUUCCACAAGUUGACAAACAUGGUUCUCAGCCUAUUUCUGUUCAGCACUUUGCUUGUGGCCAUUUUUCUUUUCUUUUUUUUUCUUUUUAUUUUAUAAUUCAGCAGUUUUUUUUUUUUGCUUUGGGCUUUUUCCCUUUGAGCUAUUGCCUUUUGGUUCAUUGCCUUUAGAUUUUAGGUUUACAUUGCAGACCCCAGUGUCUUCUGUUUUAAAGGCUUUCUAACACAUAUCAGUCAGAUAUAGUUAUGUCAGUCACAAAUAUAGGAUUUUAGGACAUUGGCCUUGUUGCUCAAAUUCCAGAGAUGUAUUCUGACAUUGGCAGUCACAUGUCUUAGUUUUUCCCUGCCAAAAUCCUAAUUCCAGCACAAGAAUCCUUCAGUAAACCUAAACUGACUGUCAGAGAAAGUUCAGACCAUCUAAUUAAGUUAUGUCAAAUUAAUUUAAGUAGUUACUCUUUAAAAGAAUGAACUCAAAUGUACAUUUUCUGAUAGCAGUGGGACCAUAAUCUUGAUAUUCUGAUCUGCUAUUAAGGAGAAAAAUUUAACAUUUGACUGGCACCAGUUUACAUUAGAAUACAUUAGUUCAAAAUAAGUAAGAAUCCUGAAGAUUUGGAAGGAUUAAUAAUUCCCGCUGUCAAAAAGCGACUCACUUUUUUUUCUUAACCACUAAGCAGGGCUAUGUUCUUGUGUUCAUGUGCUGUGCUGAUCUUUUGCUUGUCAUUGGUAAUAGAAAGAAAAAUCAGUUUACCUCUGUUAGCUUGCAUCCCUCCAACACUGCAUACUCUCAAAUGAAUGUCUUCUCAGAUGAGCCUUGGUGAGCACCCUUGUACCCCGUCACCAAAGUGGCACUGAGCUGUAGUUGUGGGGACUUGGAGCAGAAAUCCCUAUGUAGGCCUUUUCCUAUCUGUCCAUUGAAUGUUUUAUAUGCUGACGCAUUUCCCAUUUGUUUUUGUAAAUCUUGUGUAGUUGACUUAAAAAAAAGGACUUAUAAAUAGGAGUGUUCUGUUUGUAACAUAAGGGUCAUCAGUUGCUCUUCAGUAGCUGCCUGCCAAUGUGAUGUUUUGAUACUGUGUACAUUCAUAAUGUGCAUGAGGUGUAUUGGAUUUGCCGUGGCAGUCAUUAGAAUAACCUCAUCUUAUGCUACAUAGAGGAAGAAGCAUGCCACUCAACUCUAUGAGUAUGAUACUGUAGUUCGUAGACAGUCUGUAAACACUGUCAAUCAAAAAGUGUUAUUAUUUUGUAUAUCUUCAUUGGAAUUGUGGCUAGUUUUCUGUUGUCCUUUAAGGAAUACAAAGUGCUGCCCUUGAAGGCGUGAAUCUGACCAACAGAUCUGCUGUCCCUCUUCUUAAACAACAGCAGAAUUUUCACUCUUGUUUUAAACGGUUCAUGUUGCAGUUGGUCGAUGCUCAAGCUUUCUUCCUCUUCCCACCGGUUUAAUAGAAAUGGGCUGUGACUGAGGGAAAAAGCUCAAAUUGUACAUUUUGAUUAUCUGAGUUUAGAGUGUGUGUGGGGGGGGGGG